AUGAAAGGGAUCAGACGCUUUGGAAAGAAAGGCAAGUUAAGCCCUAGGUUUAUUGGACCUUUUGAAAUUCUGGAGAAAGUUGGACAAGUUGCUUACCGGUUAGCUUUACCUCCUUCAUUGUUAGCAGUGCAUAAUGUAUUUCAUGUUUCUAUGCUGAGAAAGUAUGUGUCUGACCCAAUGCACGUUUUGAGUUAUGAAACAUUGGAAUUGCAACCUGACCUAUCAUAUGAUGAACAACCAGUGCAAAUUCUAGAUAGGAAGGAAAAGGUCCUUCGAACCAAAACCAUAUUGUUGGUUAAAGUACUCUGGAGAAAUAGUAAAGUGGAAGAAGCCACUUGGGAGUUGGAGACUGAUAUAAAAACUCAGCAUCCAGAGUUGUUCAGUAAGGUUUUGUCAAGGUGUUUUGGAAAGUUUUGCAAAGUUUGGGCUUGA